GUUUCAACAGACGAUAUAUAAAUUCGCGUUGAGAGACUCGUGACAACAGAAGCAGAGCACUUCCAAAGCCAACGACAUGCAUUUCAUCUUAGUAGCUGUGCUGGCCUCCGUGGCUGCCGCCGUCCCCCAAGGCUACGGCGCCCCACAACCCCCUCGCUACAACUCCGAGGAGAUCGCCAUCUUGAGGAACGAGUUCGUGAUCGAGGACGACGGAAGGUACAACUUCGACGCGGAGACUGCCAACGGCAUCGUGGUGUCCGAGCACGGCACUCCCGGACUUGAGGGAGCCAUCAACAGCGCCGGUUCAUUCUCUUAUACCGCUCCUGACGGCACUCCCAUCAGCCUCCAGUACGUGGCUGACGAGAACGGCUUCCAGCCCCAGGGCGCCCACCUGCCCGUGGCUCCCGAGUUCCCCCACCCGAUCCCUCAGUUCGUCCUCGACCAGAUCGCCUUCGCCGCCCAGGAGGACGCCCGCAGGCCCAGCGAACCCUCCGGCAGAUACGGAGCUCCCUAGUCAUGCUACGAAAUUUAGUGUAGAUUGUGCAGUUACGAUGUUCUGUUGUGUGGAUGUUUUCAUGCCUCUGUUUCUAUUUAUUCGUACGAGAAAAAAGUAAACGAUAAAGACGAUA